AAGAACAGCUCUGCAUAAUAUGGACAGGGAAGCCAGAGAACAUUAUUCAGUUGUCAUUCAAGCCAAAGAUAUGGCUGGACAAGUUGGAGGGCUAUCGGGAUCAACCACAGUAAAUAUCACACUCACCGAUGUCAACGACAAUCCUCCCAGGUUCCCUCAGAAACAUUAUCAGCUGUAUGUUCCUGAAUCAGCACAGGUUGGUUCUGCUGUAGGCAAAAUCAAGGCCACUGAUGCAGACAUAGGGUCAAAUGCAGACAUGAAAUACAGUAUCAUAAAUGGGGAUGGUUCUGGAAUAUUUUCCAUAUCAACUGACAAAGAAACACGGGAAGGAAUUAUUUCUUUGAAGAAGCCACUCAACUAUGAAAAAAAGAAAUCCUAUACUCUUAGCAUAGAAGGAGCAAAUACCCACCUCGAUUUCCGCUUCUCACAUUUAGGACCCUUUAAAGAUGUGACUAUGUUGAAGAUCGUUAUUGGAGAUGUGGAUGAGGCACCAUUGUUCACUCUUCCAUCUUAUGUCAUGGAGGUUUAUGAAAAUGCAAAAAUUGGAACAACUGUGGGCACAGUAACAGCACAAGAUCCAGAUAGUGCUAACAACUUAGUAAGGUAUUUCAUUGAUUACAAUACAGAAGACAGAUACUUCACUAUUGAUGCAAACACUGGAACCAUUAAGACUGCUAAGGUCUUUGACAGAGAAGAAACCCUUUGGUACAAUAUCACAGUCACUGCUUCUGAAAUUGACAGCCCUGGACUCUUGAGCCAUGUCCCUGUUGAAAUUAAAAUUCUUGAUGUUAAUGACAACCCUCCAGAGCUUGCCAGAGACUACGAUGUCAUUGUCUGUGAGAAUGCAAAGCCCAGCCAGGUUAUUCAGACAAUCAGUGCCACUGACAGAGAUGACAUUACAGAAGGGCGAAGCUUCCAUUUUGCUCUGGAUGACAAUUUUUCUUUGAAUCCCAACUUUACAUUAAAGGACAAUGAAGAUAAUACAGCCAGCAUCUUGACCCGAAGGAGAAAAUUUAGUCGGACUAUCCAGGAUGUAUAUUACCUUCCUAUUGUCAUCUCUGAUGCAGGGGUCCCACCUCUCAGCAGUAGUGCCACUCUUGUCAUUCGGGUAUGCGCAUGUGAAAGAGAUGGCCGUGUGCGGACCUGCCAUGCAGAAGCUUUCCUCUCGUCUGCAGGAUUGAGUACAGGAGCGUUAAUUGCUAUCCUGCUGUGUGUUGUCAUUCUCCUGGCAAUAGUGGUCCUGUUCAUCACUUUAAAACGCAGCAAAAAGGAGCCUCUGGUAAUUUCAGAGGAGGAUGUCCGGGAAAAUGUUGUCACUUAUGAUGAUGAGGGUGGAGGUGAGGAGGAUACAGAAGCUUUUGACAUUACUGCUCUGCGGAACCCAUCUGCUGCUGAAGAAUUGAAAUUCCGGAGGGAUAUUCGGCCUGAAGUGAAGCCUGCAACCAAACAUCCCACUUCAUCUCAUCUUGACAACAUAGAUGUUCAUGAAUUUAUUAAGCAAAGGCUGGCUGAAGCAGACCUUGAUCCGAGUGUGCCCCCAUAUGAUUCUCUACAGACAUAUGCAUAUGAAGGUCAAAGGUCAGAAGCUGGAUCUAUCAGCUCUUUGGAUUCAGCAACAACACAUUCUGACCAGGAUUAUAAUUAUCUUGGUGACUGGGGACCAGAGUUCAAGAAGCUAGCCGAACUUUAUGGAGAAAUAGAAUCUGAAAGAACAACUUAAUUAUCUUGAUCAUUCCCCAAAUAUGGAACAUUUUAGAUCUCUGAGCAACUUGGAAUGGCUGAAUACUGAUAUACUCAAGAUGUACACAGUUGCUGUAGAAAAAAGUGCCCUUUUCUCAUUUGAA